AUGGAGAAAAGCAAGGAACCCCUGGGACAACAAACACUAAAAUGCAACAAGAACGACCCUGGAGAGAUACAAUAUGAAUGUCGUCUAUGCAGCAAAUCCUUUAAUCAAACUUCUGAUCUAAGCAGACUCAAUGAAACUAGAACAGGGGAAAAGAAGCAUGAAUGUGGUUUUUCUGAGAAAGUCUUCAAUUACUGCUCUCAGCUUAGACAACAUGAGAGAACCCAAACCGGUGAGAAACAAAAUGAAUGCCACAUGUGUGGGAAAGCCUUCAGGAAGACUUACAACCUUAAAAUGCAUAAGAAAGUCCAUGCUGGAGAGAAACCAUACAGAUGCCAUCCAUGUGGGAAAGCUUUUUGUAAAUUAUACAGCCUUCAAAUGCAUGAUAAAAUCCACACAGGAGAGAAACCAUACAAAUGCCAGGUGGGUGGGAAAGCCUUCAGCAAAUCAGUUCACCUUAGUCAUCAUCAGACAAUCCACACAGGAGAAAAACCAUACCAGUGUCAAUUAUGUGAGAAAUCCUUUGGUCAAACAUGCUACCUUAAACUUCAUCAGAGAACAAACACUGGAGAGAAACCCUAUCAAUGCCACCUGUGUGGGAAAUCCUUCAGUCAAUCUUGUUACCUUAAACCACAUCAGAGAAUCCACACUGGUGAGAAACCAUAUGAAUGCCAUGUAUGUGGGAAAGCCUUCAGUCUAUCAUCUAGCCUUAGACACCAUGAGAAAACACAUAUUGGAGACAAACAAUACAAAUGUCACCUAUGUGGAAAAGCUUUCAGUAUAUGCUCUGGCCUGAGACAACAUGAGAAAACACAUACUGGAGAGAAACCAUACAAAUGCCCUGUGCGUGGGAAAGCCUUCAGUCAAUCAUCUGGCCUCAGAGUUCAUGAGAGAACACACACCGGAGAAAAAUAACAUGCAUGCCACUGUGUGGCAUACUCCUUGGCCAUAACCCUAGUAUUGAAAAAUGAAACAUGACUUGCCUUGGAGAAUAGCCACUGGAAUGUCACCUGUGUGGAAAGGCCUCUCUUUAAGACUCUAACCUUAGAAAAUAUGAGCCAUAUCAAUGAAGAGAAACCUCAUGAGUGACAUCUAUGUGGGAAAGGCUUCAGUCAAUCUUACUACCUUAGACUGCAUGAGAAAAUCAAUCAUAGGAAUGUCAGCUGUUUGAGAUGUAUGUCCUGCCAAUGUUCUGCAUGUAGGAACCCAUGCUGGAGACAAACUUCAGUUCUUGUAGCAUAUAUUCUAACCUGAUAUUACAAGAUAUAAUGACUAAAUUUUUUUCUUAUAGUUCACAUAUUUUUUCUCCUACUCAUAUUUUUUCAUACUACCAAAUUUGAAAAUUAUCUGAUUGUUAACCUACCUUCUUUCUGAUAUAAUACUUUAAGUUAUAAAUGUUUUUCUGAAUGCUCUUUGUCACAGAGAUUUGAUAUAUGAAGCCUUCUUUAUCACUUUGUUCAAAGCACUGUUUAUUUACUUCUUGUGUGCCUUCUUCCUUGACCUGUGAAGUACGUAUAGGUGUGCCAUUUCAUGUUGAAGGACCUGGUUUGUGGUGAUGGGGUUCUAUAGAUCUUAAGGUGAUUGAUUUCUAAUAUAAUCAGUCAUGCAUUAAACACAGUCUGCAUGAUUUUAAAUGUUUUAAAAGGCAAUGGAAAUGCUUAAAAUUUAAAACAUAAGAUUGAAUUAGUUACAUACAUGUCAAAACUGAUCAAAUUGCAUGCUUCCAAUAUAUGCAUUUUAUUGUUCUUCAACUACUUCAAUAAAAUCAUGAAAAAAAUGUGAAGAAA